GGGCUAAAUCUGGGAGCUGGCUGCUGUGUGUCCUGGCCCUCUCACUCGACCUCUGGCGCCUGGUGGGGAGGCCUCUUUCUUUCCUGAUCUGCAGGGACCGGCCGCCAUGUCCCACCGGAAGUUCUCUGCCCCUCGGCAUGGACACUUGGGUUUCCUGCCCCACAAGAGGAGUCGCCGGCACCGGGGCAAGGUGAAGACGUGGCCUCGGGACGACCCUAGCCGGCCUGUACACCUCACGGCUUUCCUGGGCUAUAAGGCCGGCAUGACACACACUUUGCGAGAGGUGCACCGGCCAGGACUCAAAAUUUCUAAGCGGGAGGAAGUGGAGGCUGUGACGAUUGUGGAGACACCACCUCUGGUGGUGGUGGGCGUUGUGGGCUAUGUGGCCACCCCUCGAGGCCUGCGGAGCUUCAAGACCAUCUUUGCAGAGCAUCUCAGCGAUGAAUGCCGCCGGCGCUUCUACAAGGACUGGCACAAGAGCAAGAAGAAAGCCUUCACCAAAGCCUGCAAGAGGUGGCGUGAUGCCGAUGGCAAAAAGCAGCUCCAGAAAGACUUUGCUGCCAUGAAGAAGUACUGCAAGGUCAUACGGGUCAUCGUCCACACCCAGAUGAAGCUGCUGCCCUUCCGGCAGAAGAAGGCCCACAUCAUGGAGAUCCAGCUGAAUGGUGGCACCGUGGCUGAGAAGGUGGCCUGGGCCCAGGCCCGGCUGGAGAAGCAGGUGCCGGUGCACAGUGUGUUCAGUCAGAGUGAGGUCAUUGAUGUCAUCGCUGUCACCAAGGGCCGGGGCGUCAAAGGGGUCACGAGCCGCUGGCACACCAAGAAGCUGCCCCGGAAGACCCACAAGGGGCUGCGAAAGGUGGCCUGCAUUGGCGCCUGGCACCCUGCCCGCGUGGGCUGCUCCAUCGCCCGGGCUGGGCAGAAGGGCUACCACCACCGUACGGAGCUCAACAAGAAGAUCUAUCGCAUUGGACAGGGGCUGCACAUGGAGGACGGGAAAGUGGUUAAGAAUAAUGCGUCCACCAGCUAUGACAUGACUGACAAGUCCAUCACACCACUGGGAGGCUUCCCCCACUACGGGGAAGUCAAGAACGACUUCAUCAUGUUGAAGGGUUGCAUCGCAGGAACCAAAAAGAGAGUCAUCACGCUGAGAAAGUCUCUCCUGGUGCACCACAGCCGCCGGCUCCUGGAGAAUAUUGAACUCAAGUUCAUUGACACCACCUCCAAGUUCGGACAUGGCCGCUUCCAGACAGCCCAAGAGAAGAGGGCCUUCAUGGGUCCCCAGAAGAAGCAUCUUGAGAAGGAAAAGCCGGAGACCUCGGGAGACUUGUAGGCGGCUUGGGAUGGAGGGAGCCUAAAAGAAGCACAUGCGACCCACGCUUGUCCUCCAUGUCUAAUAAAAGCGGAAAGCAACUCUU